UUUCUACCCUAUAGAAACUGUAUACAUCCCAUAGCUCUCGACGUUCUCGUAUUUACACAUUGUAAUUCUCUACGUCUUGUCCCUAAACAAACGUCUAAUUGACGAAUACCAGCCUCUGAUUUACUCACAGAAAGACGUUUCCGAAUCAGCUUGUAGACGGUGAUCAGAAGUAGUGAGGAGCAAGAAUGACUACCUGUAUACAGACUCUUACUGGCCAUAAGGACCGUGUGUGGAACGUUUCGUGGAAUCCCAAAGGCACUAUCCUUGCAUCAUGUGGAUCAGAUCGGUCUAUUCGUCUUUGAAAAAAAAAGGAAGGAGAUUUGUGGUCAGUAGGGCUAUUCUGAGUGAGGCCCACACUCGCACUGUUAGAUUUGUGGCAUGGUCACCUACCGGUAAGAAUUUCGCCUCUGCAAGUUUUGAUGCUACUGUGAAUAUUUGGGAUAGCCAAAACAAUGACAUUGAGUGCACUGCGACCCUUGAAGGUCAUGAAAAUGAAGUGAAAUGUGUAGCGUGGUCACCAUCAGGCAAUUUCCUUGCAACAUGUUCAAGAGAUAAGUCUGUUUGGGUGUGGGAAGUUGCAGAAGAUGAUGAAUACGAGUGUGUAUCUGUCAUGCCCGCUCACACUCAAGAUGUCAAAAGGGUAACAUUUCAUCCAAAUGAAGAUAUCUUUGCUUCAGCUUCAUAUGAUAACACCAUCAAGUUGUAUAAAGAAGAUAGUGAUGAUUGGACAGUAUCUUGCACUCUCUCGGGACAUGAAUCAACUGUUUGGGGCCUUUCCUUUGAUUCUGAAGGGCAGCGACUGGCUUCAUGUUCGGAUGAUCGUACUGUAAAAAUAUGGCAGAAAUAUUUACCUGGUAACAAAGAGGGAGUUCCCACUCCUGAUAAUGAACCUGCAUGGAAGUGUGUAUGUACUCUAUCUGGUUUCCACAACCGCACCAUUUACGACAUUGCUUGGUGUCCUCUCACUGGUGCUAUUGCUACAUCGUGUGGUGAUGAUGCUAUUCGUAUUUUUAAAGAGCAACCAGGCUGUGAUAGAAAUGCACCUAUUUUUGACCUUAUUUUAACCAUACCUCAAGCUCACUCAGAAGAUGUGAACAGUGUUGAUUGGAACCCCACUACCUUAGGGUUGCUUGCAUCAGCAAGUGACGAUGGUACAAUAAAACUUUGGGAUUUCUCUAGCAUAUUUUAAAGUGAUGCAAAAAAAAAAAAAAAAGAUGUAUCUUUUAAGGUUCCUGGUAUUUGUUUAUGUUAAUAGUUUUUAUCAGCAUUAUGUUUUAAGAUAGUUUUUAAUCAUGUGUUAAGUUUUGGACGUAUGAUUGUUAAUGUUGUGUACUCCAAAGAAAACUACAUCAUUUAAUUUUUUAAGUAUGAUGUUCAUGUAUUACUAAAAUUUUCUCUGAAAUAUGUACUAAAUCUUCAUUCUGCUGUAAGUCUGUUACUAAUAGAUAUUAACAGUUCAUGGUAUUGUUAAUUCAGUUACUCUCAUGUAAAUGUGCAGUUUCAGCUACAGUGUUAAUUAAACUUUACUCUGGAAAA